UUGUCUGCCACGUUGCGGGAGAUGCCUGGAGAAGUAGUAGGCAGGCUACUACUUCCUUUGGGAAAUGCUAUACAUAGCCUACACAUCUAUAUUUUUAUGGCCACUGGUUUUAUUAUGGUCGGAGGCAUCCUCGAAAGUUCCCUCCGAAAAUGUUAACAGAUAUGAUAGUAGAAGAAGAAUUUGAGAAGGAUGAAGAGCCUUGGUAUGGAAGGCAGGAUCUCGAACAUGAUCUCCAAUUGGCAGCCCAACUGGGCAAGACCUUACUGGACAGGAACCAUGAGCUGGAACAAUCUCUGCAUGAGAUGUAUGCAACCAACGGCGAACAGCUUCAGGAGAUAGAGUACCUGAGCAAGCAGGUGGAGCUCCUGCGGCAGACGAACGAACAGCAUGCCAAGGUGUACGAGCAGCUGGACCUCGUGGCCAGGGACCUGGAGCACAGCAACCAGAGGCUGGUGACGGACAACCGCCUGGCCCAGCACAGGAUCAACAGUCUGACUGACACGGUAGAAGGGCUCCAGGGCCACAUGGAGGAACUGCACACCCAGAUGGAGGAGCUGCAGGCGGUCCAAGUGGAGCGCGCCAAGAGGCAGUUGGCUGACCCGAAACGCACCAUAGGGGCCCAGAGUGUGUCCUGUCUGAAGGAGUUGUACAACGUGCAACUAAACAGAUCCAGGUCCAACAGUGGCUACGGUGAGUGGCACUCCGACUGGCCCUGGUCCUCCCCCGCUCCACCGCCAUGGCGGAGGGACUCUCUGUUGGACGCGGACCCCGCGGUGGAGCGGGCUGCGCUGCAGCGCUCCAUCCAGACCCUGCAGAGCCAGAUGAGUGCGGAGCGGAGCCGGCGGCAGGCGGCCGAGCGGGAGACGGAGGUGACAGCCGGGGAGAAGGGGGCGCUGGAGGAGCAGCUGGCCAAGCUGGAGGGCUGCCAGGCCAGGCAGGUGGAGCUGGAGGCAGAGGUGGAGGAGAUGCGACUGCUAUGGAGGUCGGAACGCGCCAGCAGUACCCGCCUCCUGCCAGACACCGUCUUCUUCUCCCUGGUGGAGGACAAGCCCGGCCAGGAGAGGAAGGAUGACGAGGUGGGGCAGCCGGAGGAGGAGAAAGCGAGAGAGAAGGAGGAGGAUCCGGAGAAUGAGUUGCAGCGAGCCAGACUGGGGCGUCAGAGGUGCAGCAGCGACAGUUUCCUGAGUGGAGCGCUGGCGGAGGAGCUUAGCCGCAGACACGACCAGAUGUGUAUCCGGCGGGCGGAGGCUGUGAAGCAGAGGGGCGUGUCUCUGCUGAACGAGGUGGACGCUCAGUACAGUGCUCUGCAGGUGAAGUAUGAGGAGCUCCUGCAGCGAUGCCAGCAGGGGGGCUCGGCGGGGGUGCUCAGCCACAAGGCGAUGCAGACUCCACAGGUGGGGGGCCCCGGUGCCGGCCAGCCUCCCCCAGACCUCUCCCCCUCAGCGCAGGCUAUCGUUCCGGAGGACGGCCCGCCAGCUGAGUACAAGGUCCUCUUCGCAGAGAUCUUCUCCCGAAUCCAGAAGACCAAGGAGGACCUGAGUCAGAACCGCCGGAGGGCCCCAGAUGAAGGGCCCUGCCCCCGUCCUCUGUUCUGAUUGACGGCUGCACUCGCGCACGAUUCUCCUACACCUUUCACGGGGUGUCACUCAUUUUUACUAUUAAGUGUUUUGGUGAAAGGAUAACAUGCCAUGUCCAUUGUUUCAGAGACCUCCAAUAAUGACCCUGUGCACCGAUUGUACUGUGUAUGUAGAUAUGCACAUCAUCCAUGUCCAUGGAUGUGAAAGGUUUGGCAAUCCGGUCUUUCUACUAUUUUAUAUUGUGUUUUUUUGGCACACACUUGAAAUUAUCCGUGAAUGUUGAUCGAUGUUGUCUCCUCAGAUGGUAUACACCUCAAUUGUUUAGGUCACCCGAAUACUUCCUUCCACCAGAUAUGUAUUAUUAUCAAUAUUGAGUCAAUGUAUUGAUAGAGGGGAGUUGGGCUGUAUUUUAUAGUUUUGCAAAAGCUUGAAAUUCCUCUUACGGUAUUUAAAAUCGAGAAGUAUUAUAUUCCAGUAUUUGAGCUUUUGCUGCAUAGUUCAAUGAACAGUGUAUCAAGGUCAUUUGUUCACACUAAUGCUUAUUACAUGCAGGUUUUUUUUAUAAUGCAAAAACCGUAAUACCAUGGACUGGACUGAAUAGAGGGCUUUGUACAGUUAAGAGGUUGGACUGUUGAAGUUGUUUGGUAACUAUCAAAGGGUAUUCCUGAGGAAAAACCUGUGUUUUUUUUUUCCUCAGCAAUACAGAGAAAAAGACCCCACAGAAUGCAUGUCAGAAUGCAUUGGCUGACUGUAACAAUUGCUUAAUAGGUCACAAGGUGGAUUUUAUAUCAGAAAUGCUAACUCUUGAUUGUUCUGAUGAUUUGUUUUGACACUGUAUGCUAUAGUAAUUGCAUCUGACGAAAAGAUUAUAGUCCAGUGCCAAUAGGAUACUACUUUUGCUUUUUUAUCAUUGUCAAACUAUUUAUUUUUCUCAAUGAUUUAUUGACUUUUCAAGAUGUCACUGUGUACCUGAUCUUUAAUGUGAUUAUUAUUUCUAAAUACUGACUUCAAAAUACUUUGAAGAUUUAAAUUUGACCAAUACUGAAUGCCGUUCAGUUGUAUUUAUUGAUAUUCGACAAUAAGGAAUUAUUUAAUUCCAUAUGUGUCUUACAGUCACUCCUAACAAACUAAAUUAUUGUUGUUUGAACAGCGUUUUACUCAAAUGUUUGGAGGCCAAUUAGUAUUUAAAUUAUUUUUUACUAAAUAAAGUAUAUUUUUGUAUGAUUAUUAUUCAUAAGACUAACACUACUGUAAUUAUCCCUACCUGGUUGGAUAAACAUUGAAUCGACACCCUAACUCAAUUUAUUUAAAUAAAUCUUCUAUAUCAAAAUAGUCGUCAGAGAUAACUGUUGCUGUACUUAGACAAUAGUUGUUUCUAUUCGGAAAUGCUAUUUAUACCUUUUUUUUUAUUAUUAUUAAUAACCUAUGCCCUAUCAAUUUCGUAGUGGAUUAAAAAAUGGUAUCUGAUGGUAAGUGCUUCAGAAAAUGCUGUAAGCCUUUCUAGUAUUUACAGUUGAAGUAUACAGAUUGUUAUUGCUGGUGAUCAUUGUUCUAAGAUGCAAAUUUGUGCAGUAGCCUAUAACUGCAGCAAUAUAACGUUGUUGUUGGGCUUGAUGUGGAUGAAGGAAUUACUGCUUCUAGGGUCCUGUUCAAUAAUUAAAGCACUUAUGCAAACGCC